AUGGGUAUAUAAAAGAAGCCAUUCUUUGUCUUGCAUAGCUGGUCUUGGACGAACUGGCACACUUAUUGCCUGUUAUAUCAUGAAGCAUUAUCAGAUGACAGCUGCUGAAACUAUUGCCUGGAUUAGAAUAAAUAGACCUGGUUCAGUGAUUGGACCACAACAACACUUCCUGAUGGACAAACAGGCAGAACUUUGGACAGAAGGAGAUAUUUUCCGUGCAAAGUUGAAAGGAAACCGUAAAAUUGCUGUAACAAGAAUUCUGUCAGGAGUAGAUGAUAUUUCAAUUAAUGACACAAGAAACAGGAGGACUAUCCGAAAGGACAUUGAACUGUACAGUGAUGAAGAUGAAACAAACUGUGUAACACAAGGUGAUAAGCUUCGUGCUCUGAAAAGUAGGAGGCAGGCAAAAGCUCCAACUGCAUCUCCGCUAACAGUAAUUCUGCAGUCCAGUGUUCAGAAAAAUAAAACCUCUGAACCUAGCAUUUCUGACAGUACAGACAUUACUAAAAGAACUACCAGGUCUGCUGCAAGAAAAAACAGUUUAAAAAGCAGCCAAUCCGUCCCAAGGACUAGAACAGUAUUGCGUUAA